UAAUCUAGAUGUAAUGCACAUUGAGAAAAACAUUUGUGACAACAUCAUAGGAACUUUGAUGAAUAUCUUUGGCAAAACUAAAGAUCAUCCUAAUGCACGUCGUGAUCUUUUCAAUCUCAACAUAAGGAAGGAGUUACACCUUAUUCAGGAUGGACAACGCAUUAGCAUGCCACAUGCAUGUUAUACACUGUAUGGAGCUGAGCGGAUUGGUUUUUGUAGUUGGUUGCACGAUGUGAAAUUCCCAGAUGGUUUCGCUUCGAACAUCGCCAGAUGUAUUAGUGUACCUAAUUGCAAAAUCUCGGGAAUGAAAAGUCAUGAUUGUCACAUUUUUAUGCAAAGAUUACUUCCUACUGCAAUUUCUGGAUACUUACGCCAAGAUGUACGAUUGGCACUAACUGAGUUGAGCACUUUUUUCAAAGAAUUGUGUGCUAGAACAUGUAAGAUUGAUGUCUUAGAGAAGCUUCAAGCUGAUAUCGCUAUCAUUCUAUGCAAACUGGAGAUGAUUUUUCCGCCUACCUUCUUCGAUAUAAUGGUGCACUUAGCCUACCAUUUGCCACGUGAGGCGUUACUUGCAGGGCCAGUUCAAUAUAGGUGGAUGUACCCUUUCGAGAAGUAUUUUGGAAAAUUCAAGAGAUAUGUUAAGAAUAAGGCCUACCCAGAAGGCUCAAUAGCUGAGGCCUAUAUUCAUGUAGAAUGCUUGAAUUUUUGUUCCAUGUACCUCAAUGAUAUUGAGACCAGAUUCAAUCCUCCUGAACGUAACGUUGAUGAAGGAGAAGAGGGUGUACGAGAUGGACUAUCUGUUUUUUCACAAAAGGUGCGCCCCAUGGGUUUUGCAUCACGUCACCGAUUAGAUGAUAACAUUUUCAUAAAAGCCAGAUGGUAUGUUCUUAAUAAUUGCAUAGAGAUUGGGAAAUACCUUAAUGAGCAUUACUUGCAGGUGAGUGAAGAGUAUCCCGAUAAUGCUGAUAAUAUGCAUGCUGCAAAAUUCCCAGGCUGGUUCAAGUCACAUAUUCAAAGUAUGCGUGCUGAUAAUCCUGGAGAAGUUUCAGACGAUUUAUAUGCCCUAGCAUGUGGUCCUGAUCCUUGGGGUGCGUCCUAUUCUGGUUGCAUAAGCAAUGGUAUAAGAUUUCAUACCACAAAUCGUGAAAAACAUCGUCGCACCCAAAACUCAGGUGUCAUGGUCAUUAGUGAACAACUAAGAUCCGAGAAGCUCGAGUUCUUUGGUAGACUAACAGACAUUUUGGAAGUCCGCUACAUGGGUUGGCGUCGUGUUUACUUAUUCAAAUGUGAAUGGUUUGACAUCUCUGAUUCCAAACGAGGGAUACGUGUGGAACAACAUCUUACUAGUGUGAAUAUGUCUCGUACAGCUUAUAAGGACGACCCUUUUGUUUUGGCAUGCCAAGCUUCACAAGUGUUUUACCUAAAAAAUCGUAGCAUCCGUGGUGAUUGGUAUGUAGUGCAAAAGGUCAUACAUAGAAAUGUUUAUGACCUUCCACGAGAACCCCUUAUUGAAGAUGACGCAUCUGAUUCUAGCGAUGAUGCAUACCAAGAGGAUAAUUCUAGCGAUGUUUACGUGAGUGUCCAUGCUGAUGACAUUCCACUGCAAACAGAUAUGCACAGGCCUAAUGUAGAGCCAGAGUAGGUUGAUGUU